AUGGACGGUUCCAUUGCCCUGCUGAAGACCUCCCCGAUUAUAGUGGGUGACCAGGUUGAUGAAGAUAGAGUCUACUUUCAUCGCAUGUUUUGGACAUUCCCUCCAUGUGUUGAGGCAUUCUGCCACUGUAAGCCACUUGUCAGUAUCGAUGGGACACACCUCUAUGGUAAGUAUGGAGGGACCUUGUUGUUGGCGAUUGCUCAGGAUGUGAAUUCGAAUAUUUUGCCUGUUGCGUUUGCAUUAGUGGAGGGGGAAAAUGCUGAGUCUUGGUCAUAUUUUCUGUCCAAUCUUAGAAGACAUGUUACUCCACAGGAAGGUAUUCUCGUCAUCUCCGACAGACACAACGGCAUCAAGGCUGCGCUGGAGUCACCAGAUAGUGGUUGGCGACCUCCGCAUGCUUAUAGGGCAUUUUGCAUUCGGCAUGUUGCUGCAAAUUUUGCCCUUACCUUCAAGGGGCAGGAUGUCAGAAGGUGGCUGGUAAACGCCGCUUAUGCGAAGACGGAAGCAGAAUUUGACUAUUGGUUUGAUAUAAUGAGGUCAGAGAACCCAGCCAUGUGUGAUUGGGCAAACAGGAUGGAUUAUGAGAUGUGGACACAGCACAAGGAUGGGGGUAGACGAUAUAGUCACAUGACGACCAACAUUUCUGAGUGUGUGAACUCUGUUUUGAAGGGCACAAGAAAUCUACCAGUCACGUCCUUGGUUAAGUCCACCUAUCUUCGCUUUGCUGAGUUGUUCGUUGUCCGGGGUCAGACGGUAGAGGCACAGUUAGGAUCCGGUCACAGGUAA